UUUUCUUGUAUAAAUCAUUUUAAUUGUUUUUCUUCUGAUCGUUUGUUGUUUUGUUAUUUUUGAGGAGGGGGGGGCGUUCAGAACACCUGAACAUUCGACAGCUGAGAGGCCCCGCCCCCAAUCACAACCUCACUAUGACAUGGACACGAUGACAUCACGGUGUAGCCCCUCCCCCCAGUGUUUGUUGUUGUUUUUGUUGUUUCUGAACCUCAGGAUCCUCCUGCAGACAACACGACGACAAUAAACCGUCAAAACACGACUCUGUGCCUCCGUCAGUCUCAGGGAUCCACAACGUCUACAAUACAUCACGUUUACAGUAUAUAUAAAUAUAUGUACAUCAAUAAAGAGCUAAGAAACAAACACAUAGAGAGAGAAACACUAUCAACAGACCAACAGCUGGUCUUAUCACUUCCUGCUUCACUUCCUGGUUACGUCGUCCUCUCCAUCGGCGUGGUUUCUCCUCUCAGAGUCUCAGGAUCUUCUUCCAGAAUGGAGCUCUUCGUCUUCGUCUUCGUCCUCCUGUCCUGCCUCGUCCUCCCGGUGACGCCGUGGGCCGGUUGCCACAGGGACUGGGACAAAGACCACCGGACGAGGGAGAACUGCACGACGCGCGACUUCACCGAUGUACCAGCGGGAUUCGAACCCACAACCAAGGUUUUUUUGUUUCCCAAAAACCAGUUCGCCACUCUGUCCUGGUCCUCCUUCCAGAUCUUCACCAAAAUCUAUGAGCUGGACCUCACAGGAAACAAGAUUCCAGAGGUGACCCUCAGCGUUGCUCCGAUCCUCCCCAGCCUCAGUGUCCUCCGACUGGGAUCGAACCGCCUGACGGCCCUCUCUGAAGGCUCCUUCUCCGCCUGUCCCGGUCUGACCGAACUCUACCUGGACCACAACGCCGUGGACUCUCUGAGGGACCACACCUUCUCUGGCCUCAGCAAGCUGGAGGUCAGUGGGUCAGCCUGUUAGCAAGGAGGUUAGGACACAUACCGUGAAUGUAACAUGAAGGGAAGUUAGGACGCAGAACAUGAAGGUAGCAUGAAGGGAAGUUAGGAUGCAUACCGUGAAGGUAGCAUGAUAGGAAGUUAGGAUGCAUACCGUGAAGGUAGCAUGAUAGGAAGUUAGGAUGCAUACCGUGAAGGUAGCAUGAUAGGAAGUUAGGAUGUAUACCGUGAAGGUAGCAUGAUAGGAAGUUAGGAUGCAUACCGUGAAGGUAGC